UAUUCAGUGAGCGGACGAAAUCGUCUUGUGUGGAUAUUCUGCAGCGAUCCAAGCGCAAUUAAACCAUCUGCGAUACGUAUUGUGAUAACUAUGUGCUGAUCUUUGACGGACCAUCCAAAGAGAGAUAAGUCAGUAGGCAGCUGUGUUUUCCUCCAAAAUUCGGUUGUUUAAUUGAUUAGGUAAAAGACUUGGGUAUACGAUUCAGAUAUGUUCCCGAGGAUCCUCCCUUGUUUCUGCUGAUUUCUGCGUCUCUAAAGGAUCCUUAAAUCUACAGUCCAGUUCAUUUUGUGCAGGAAAACAUGCCGCAAACACCACCAUUUCCGGUCGCGUUUGGCAGUGCCGGAUUUAACAACAAUGUUUACCAAACAAAGGAAGACAGUUAUGGUGGCCUGUAUUACCAUGACAACAACCUUGUAUCAGGGUCCCUGGAAGCUCUCAUUCAGCACUUAGUGCCCAAUGUGGAUUACUACCCAGAUAGAACGUACAUUUUCACCUUCCUGCUCAGCUCCCGCCUCUUCCUGCACCCGUAUGAGCUCAUGUCCAGAGUGUGCCAGCUGUGCGUGGAGCACCAGAGACUCAGCGACCCUCAGGCAGAUAAGAUGAGACUGAGGAACAUUGCCCCGAAGAUGGUGCAGCUGCUGAGCGAGUGGACGGAGACGUUCCCCUACGACUUCAGGGAUGAGCGCAUGAUGCGCAGUCUGAAGGAGCUCACCCAUCGCAUCUCCUGCGGAGAUGAGAUUUUUCGGAAGGCCGUCCAGCAGAUGAUGCAGGCCCUGAUCCGCAAGCUGACCACGCUCAGCCAGUACGAGGAGCUGCUGGCCAAGCUGAACGCCACGGCGUCAGACAGGAUGGCCGCACUGAAGACCAAGCCCCUGUCCAUCCAGAGGGACAUCCUGAGCAUCUGCAACGACUCCUUCGCUAUGGCCCAGCAGCUCACUCACAUAGAGCUGGAGCGACUAAGUUACAUCGGCCCUGAGGAAUUCAUCCAGGCUUUUGUUCAGAAAGACCCUCUGGAUAAUGAUAAGAGUUGCUUCAGCGAUCGCAAGAAGGCGAGCAGCCUGCAGACGUACGUGGAGUGGUUCAACAGACUCAGCUAUCUGGUGGCCACGGAGAUCUGCAUGCCGGUGAAGAAGAAGCAGAGAGCACGGGUCAUCGAGUUCUUCAUCGACGUGGCGCGGGAAUGCUUCAACAUUGGAAACUUCAAUUCUAUGAUGGCCAUUAUUUCUGGCAUGAACAUGAGUCCCGUGUCCCGGCUGAGGAAGACCUGGGGCAAGGUGAAAACGGCCAAGUUUGAUAUCCUGGAGCACCAAAUGGACCCUUCCAGCAAUUUCUACAACUACCGCACUGCGCUGCGUGGAGCCACACAGCGAGCCAUAACGGCUAACAGCACCAGAGAGAAGAUUGUCAUCCCAUUCUUCAGCUUGUUGAUCAAGGAUAUUUACUUCCUCAAUGAAGGAUGUGCCAAUCGGCUACCGAACGGACUUGUUAAUUUUGAAAAAUUCUGGGAACUGGCCAAGCAGGUAGGCGACUUCAUGGCCUGGAAGCAGGUGGAGUGCCCCUUCGAGAGGGACCGCAAGGUCCUGCAGUAUCUCCUCACUGCACCCGUCUUCAGCGAGGAUGCCCUGUUCCUGGCCUCCUACGAGAGCGAGGGACCAGAGAACAAUAUGGAGAAGGACAGCUGGAAGUCUCUGAGGUCUACUCUACUAAGUAGAGUAUAAACGGUGAAGACGUCCUCGGGAGAUGAGUCGCGUGGCUCACUGUGUCUGAGAAGUGAAUGGUAUCCCAGUGUUGAGGGACAGACAAUCCAACCUGCUGAAGAUGCUCUUGGCUGCUCUACCUGGACGUUUCAGGACAGAUCGUUCAUCUCUUUGUGACCUUUUCUAUCUCUCUGAUUGACGAGGAGAAGAGUGGAGAAGGUACUGCCCCUGCUUUGUGCACCUAUCAGAGGAACAGACAGUCUGCCUGACGAAGCCAAGGCUGCUCAAUACAGCAUCAGGGGACCCUGGUACAGAUGGUUUCCUUUACUUUUUGGAAGUGUGUCUUCUCUCCAUGGAGUGGGCUGCUGGUUGGCUCACUCCUGACGGACAUUUGGGAAGCAUCUUUCAGCACUGUGCAUGCUUUGGACAGGCACUAUUGCAUUGAUGGUGUUCCGGGGAAUUACAUUGUCUCGUUCAAAAGCUAAUAUUUGUAGAUAUAUCAUGUACAUCAAAACAUUUUUUUCUACGUGUAAAUACCUGUGUUAUUCUAACCUGAUAUGGUCAGUCACCUUUUCGAAUGAGAUUUAGAAACAUGUUAAAUGCACAUUUACCAGUGGUUGAUGUCAUUUUAUUUUGUGCUACACAAAGCCUUGUAAUACACUAAAACCUUAAUGCUGACCUCCCAUCCUCUAUCAUCUCUGAGGUAUUAACAUUUCACGUUAAUGGACUACUGUGGGCCCCAGUUUCAGAUGAAACACAAAGUUUCAGUUUGCUAUGUGUGUAAGGGCUCAUGGAAUUGCUCCGGAACUCAACCUAACCUACCCCACCCUGACCUCUCUCCCUGAGCAUAACUGCAACCAAAGGUUAAGUGGGAUUAAGUUAAGUGGAUUAUGAGUGUGUAGAAUGAGUAAAGCAAGUUGGGGUGUAUGUUUGUGUGCAUGUGUGUAGAUAAUAUUAUUGAAUAUAAGUAAAGGAGGGUUGAGAGUCCAUACCCAGUGCUUUGUUACAUAUUGUUACCAUGGCAACCCAGGAUCUGAAGAAUUAGGAAAUGCUAGAAGGAUUUUGUUUUGAUAUCUGUGAUGGUUAUUUAUGCGUUUCCUUUUCUGGCAGGUAUGAUUUGUGCUGUCAUGUGUUUUAGGUAUUAUUUACCUUUUUAUUCCAUUCCUAUUUAAUUCUGUACUAGGUACAUAACAUUUUUUGGUAGUUUCAGUUUUUUCCCCUAACAUUCAUUCUUAUACAUGUUUGUACAAGAAAAGCUCUUUUUCAGGGUACGUGAAAUGAAGUUGAAUUUGUUCAGAUGUCUGAUUUAGCUCGUCUCUGCAUCUUCUUAAGCAAAGCUAAUGACAUUAAGGUUUGUUGUGUAAAGAGUUGCAUUUAAUGUGUCCUGGUGGAUUCGAUGAACUGAAGCAGUUAUGUCAAAAGAACCACUAAUAAAAGAAAAUGGAUGGCGCCUAAUGAAA